AUGGCUGAGAAAUCCGUUCCCCCUCCCCCGAGCGCUGUCGCGCGACCCGUCAGUGAGGCACUUCUCAACGAGAAGUGGGACCACUGCCUGUCCAACCUCCUCGUCAAGUCCACCCUCGGCCUCGGCUUCGGCGUCGUCUUCUCAGUCCUCCUGUUCAAGCGCAGAGCGUGGCCUGCGUUCAUCGGUGUUGGUUUCGGAGCUGGACGUGCGUACGAGGAGUGCAACUCUAGCCUGAAGCAGGCUGCCAGGGAGAUCAGGAAGCAGGCAUAG